AUGCCAGCCGCGAAGAAGCCCACGGCGACCAAGAAGCCAGCUGCCUCCAAGGCCUCGGACCAGCUCGCGCUUCUGGCAAAGGACGUUAGUCAGUGGAUCCACAAGGAGUCGGCCGACAUCAGCGCGCUGUACAAGAAGAUCCCGAAGCCGGCCUCAGGAAACAAGGAGGAGAAGCUCAAGGCCGCCACCGACCCGCAGCUCAAAAAGAUGCGCUCGACCCUUCGCGAGUGCCACCGGGCCACGACCGACAUCAAGGACACGCAUGACGCGGCGCUAGCCGACGUGCAGAAGACGACCGAGGAUGGGCUGCGACAGCUCCGGGGCGCAGCGGCAGCUUCUGCUGCUGUGAUGUCUGACGCCUCGGAGUCGGACGGGGACUUUUGA